UAUGCAACUCUAUAUAUGCAUACAAAUGCAUAUGUAGCCAUCAUAUCAUAAAGAUAUCUAGCAGCUUCUUCUACCUCUAGUCCUCUACUACCAAAGGAAAGGUACGCAAAGGCUACCACGUCAAGUGCUCAUGUGUUGUUGUAAUCGUUUCAAUCCCCCCUAAAUUUGAAUCAUCCUGGCCUGCGUUACUGUACGUCUGAGCAUGCAAUCAAUGAUCAUCUUGUUCUUCAGCUUCAACCAGAUGGCACGGUUCAUAGUUCAUACACAUCCUUGGUGUAGCCAUGGUCAUGGCCAAGCACCAUGAAAAAGGCUCACCAAAGCGAGCUCCCAAUGAACCUGUCCCCGGCAAUGCCGGCAGCGGCCGCCCGUGCCAAGCGAGCCCCCUGCAGUUCGAGCAAUGUUGCCAUUGCGACAGGCACCAUCAGGCCGAUGGGUUGAAGGGUACUGGACCGUUGAUCCUGACUCUCGGGCCUCUCGGCUCGGCCAACGACCGUCCUUGUCACUGCUGCUCGUGCGGCGUCGCGCCUGCUCCGGCGCCGGCGACGCUGUCCGUCCUGCGCGGGUCCCGGUACCUGAGGCCGGCGCAGGAGCUGCUGAGCGAGGUGGUGCGCAUGGCAGACCUGGCGCCUGGCGCGACCGACGAUGAGGAGGCAGAGAGGCAGGAGCAGCUCGAGGCCAGCGCUCACCGGGCGUUGCAUCGAGCGGCCAAGAACGACGCCAACGGCGUCCAGGCAAAGCUCCUCGGCCUUCUCAGCGAGCUGGAGAGCCGGCAGGAGCGCUACUUCGGCGAGCUGGGCCGCGUCUCGUCGUCGUUCGAGCCGGCGCUGGAGGACGGCGCGGCGGCCGCGUACACGUCCCUAAUGAGGCAGGCCAUGGCGCGCCACUUCGGCAACCUGCGCCGUGCCAUACUGCGCAGGCUCAGGAUCGACGCCGCCGCCGCCGCGGCGAGGUGGAGGCCGGCGGCGUCGCUGCGGGAGGGCGAGCACGGCGAGAAGGACGACGGCGACGAGCUGGUGACCGAGGAGAGGGUGGACAGGGUGGCCCGGCGGAUGAAGCUGGCCGCCGCAGCGCGGGCCGAGCAGGCAUGGCGGCCGCUCCGGGGCCUGCCGGAGGGCUCGGUGGCCGUGCUCCGGGCAUGGCUCUUGGACCAUUUCCUCCACCCGUACCCCCAUGACAGUGAGAAGCUGAGGCUGGCGGUGAGCACCGGUUUAAGCAGAAGCCAGAUCACGAACUGGUUCAUCAACGCGCGCGUUCGGCUGUGGAAGCCGAUGGUCGAGGAGAUGUACGAGGGAUUCUCCGAGGAUUCUGAUGUCUCCAGGGAGGACACCAGCGGCGCGUCUUCGUCUUAAUUAAGUCAGUUGCUAUUUAUCAGCCCUAUGUUUCUGUUCUUGCUUUCGGGCGACAGCCCAUCCAACAGCUCAUAGCUUUUUUUUUCUACCUUCGGAUCCCAGUCUUUCUUCAAAGUUUUGCCCCGUCUCGCCACCUUUCUCUGCCUCACCCAUCGCCGGAUCUGCUCCCGCAAUUCCUAUCGUGCUAAUCAGGCGUGCCAAGACGCCCCCGCCCCACUGACCGUCCUUCGCCAUCCACGGCUAGCACCACCCCCACCCUUGCCCCUGUCCCGGCUCAUCUGGACCUUCUAAACUCAGAAUCAAUGAAAUCCUCCUAAACCCGAAAACCCCCCUCCCUAUCUCGUCGCUUGAGCAUUUAUCGUUGAUUUUAGGCGAUUGAAAUUUAGAAAGCGUGUUUAAUUAAUUAGUUAACCAACCCUGUGGCGUGAUUAGUUAGUUAAUCAUGGUUGGGUGGUGGUUAUAUAUCUUUGCUUAAUUAGUUUAUUACCUGUUGUUUUAGCAAAGCUCAGGACUGAAUUAAGAGAGAAAUGUAUAAUUAAGGAGGCGGACU